AUGGACAAUAUGUCUAUUACUAACACGCCAACAAGUAAUGAUGCUUGUCUGAGCAUUGUUCACAGCUUGAUGUGCCAUCGCCAAGGCGGAGAGAGCGAAACUUUCGCCAAACGGGCCAUCGAAAGCUUAGUUAAAAAGCUAAAGGAGAAAAAAGAUGAGUUGGAUUCUUUGAUUACAGCUAUAACCACAAACGGAGCUCAUCCUAGCAAGUGCGUUACGAUACAGAGAACGCUGGAUGGGAGGCUUCAGGUGGCCGGUCGCAAGGGAUUCCCUCACGUGAUUUACGCUCGUCUUUGGAGGUGGCCUGAUCUUCAUAAAAACGAACUCAAGCAUGUUAAAUAUUGUCAGUAUGCUUUUGACUUAAAAUGUGACAGUGUCUGUGUAAAUCCUUACCAUUAUGAGCGCGUAGUAUCGCCUGGCAUCGAUCUCUCAGGACUGACACUACAGAGUUCCGCUCCGUCAAGCAUGUUGGUGAAAGACGAAUACGUUCACGACUACGAGGGGCAGCCGUCGUUGUCUUCUGCCGAAGGCCAUUCGGUCCAGACCAUCCAACAUCCGCCGAGUAACCGGGCGUCUACGGAACCUUACAGCACCCCGGCCAUGUUAGCUCCCACCGAGGCCAGCACUACCAGCACCACUAAUUUUCCCAACAUUCCUGUGGCUUCGACAAAUAGUACUACAACUUGGACUGGAAGUCGGACGGCGGCUUACACGCCUACCAUACCUCACCACCAGAACGGGCAUCUUCAGCAUCAUCCACCCAUGCACCCCGGACAUUACUGGCCAGUUCACAAUGAACUUGCAUUCCAGCCGCCUAUAUCAAAUCAUCCUGCUCCGGAAUAUUGGUGUUCCAUCGCCUAUUUCGAAAUGGACGUGCAAGUCGGCGAAACGUUUAAGGUCCCUUCGAGCUGUCCCAUCGUUACCGUCGACGGUUACGUGGAUCCUUCCGGAGGAGAUCGCUUUUGCCUCGGCCAACUUUCCAACGUGCAUCGAACAGAAGCCAUCGAGAGAGCGAGGUUGCACAUAGGGAAAGGGGUGCAGCUGGAGUGCAAAGGCGAAGGCGACGUGUGGGUGCGAUGCCUGAGCGACCACGCCGUCUUCGUGCAGAGCUACUACCUGGAUCGAGAAGCCGGGCGCGCGCCGGGCGACGCCGUUCACAAGAUUUACCCCAGCGCCUACAUAAAGGUAUUCGAUUUACGCCAAUGUCACCGUCAGAUGCAGCAACAGGCUGCCACCGCCCAAGCUGCAGCAGCCGCUCAAGCCGCGUUUAUCCACCUCCUCCCACCCGAGCGGCGCAAGGGGAAAGUCAGUUCAUCCGGUUUGUCGGCCGCCGCCGGCAUCGGCGUCGACGACCUGCGCCGCUUGUGCAUCCUCCGCAUGAGUUUCGUCAAAGGUUGGGGACCCGAUUACCCGAGGCAGAGCAUCAAGGAGACGCCGUGCUGGAUCGAAAUCCACUUGCACCGCGCCCUCCAGCUUUUAGACGAAGUCCUUCACACCAUGCCCAUCGCCGACCCGCAACCUUUAGACUGA